GUGAAGCCACUCACCAAUUAGCUACCCAUAUCUGUACGUCUCUUUGAAACAGAAACCCAGCUCUAUUGUGAAACUAGAAGCAGCUACUGGAGAUGGCAUCUCAAGAGCAGCGUGACAGAGCCGCCGAAGCCAAAGGCCGUGCCGAGGAGAAGGCGAGGGAAACGGAGGAAAGCAUGAAGCAGAAGGCGGGGGAGGCGAAGGACAAGAGCCAGGAGACGGGGCAGGCGGCGAAAGAGAGGACGGAGGAGGGGAAGGACCGGACGGGGAGCUACGCUUCGGAGAAGGCGGAGGAAGCGAAGGAGAAGGCCGGGGAGAUGGCGGAGGCGGCCAAGGAGACCACCAGGGCCGGGCAGGAGAAGACCGGCGGCAUCCUGCAGAAGACCAGCGAACAGAUGAAGAGCAUGGCGGAGGGGGCCAAGGAAGCCGUUAAGCAGACCCUUGGCAAGGGGCCGGGUGAGAAGAAGGAUGACAGCUCCGCCGCCGCCAGAAGGGACUAGAGACCAGACCAGACUAUAUAUAUAUAUAUAUAUAUUAAUUAGUAGUAAACUAGUAAUAGUGGCGUUGUGGUCGGUCGCUAUGUUUGGAUUUGGUUGUAGAAACAAACGAGUCCAUGUUUGUUUGCCAGCUCCAGCUCCAGCUCCAGCUCCUGCCGCUGCUCUUUUAUUUUCCAUAAAGUCUUAGAAGUCUUUUCUUGUAAUAUUGAGUCCAUGUUUGCCGAUGAUUUUUAUAACGUAAAAUAAAAUUCCCAAA